CCGAGUUCGAUUCUCGGAACGCCCCAUUUUUUUCCUUCAUCUAUAUCUCAAUAAGCGCAUGAUAGCAGACGUACGCAUCUAUUUUAUUACCCAAACUACCCCUUAUCCUUUUAUUUUCCUAUCUUCACCUUUCUUCAUCUCAUACAAACACACUCACACAGAGAGACACAUAACAAAUCAGGAAGAGAGUAGUGACAAUGGCAGCAACAACUCUCUCCAUCGCAAGCUCACUCUUUUCCUCUCCUCCUCCCACUCUCACUUCCACACACCACUUCCCUUCUCGAUCCACCUUCCGCUUCGGCCCUUCUUCUCCCGCCACCACACUAACCCACCGCGCAACCCACCUCCGCCCCAUCUCCGCCGUCGAAGCCCCCGAAAAAAUCGAGAAAAUCGGAUCCGAAAUCUCGUCCCUCACCCUCGAAGAAGCGCGCAUCCUCGUCGACUACCUCCAAGACAAGUUCGGCGUCUCCCCGCUCUCCCUAGCUCCCGCUGCAGCGGCUGUCGCUGCUCCCGGAGACGGCGGCGGCGCGGCGGCGGUGGCCGAGGAGCAGACGGAGUUCGACGUGGUGAUUAACGAGGUGCCGAGUAGCUCGCGAAUCGCGGUGAUUAAGGCCGUGAGGGCGUUGACUAGCUUGGCGUUGAAGGAGGCGAAAGAGUUGAUUGAAGGGUUACCGAAGAAGUUUAAGGAAGGUGUGACGAAGGAUGAGGCUGAGGAGGCUAAGAAGCAGCUUGAAGAGGCGGGUGCUAAGGUUUCCAUUGCUUAAAAGUGUUUUAAUCAAUUAAAAAAUGUGUUCUUUUUCGGAGUUUCAUGGAUCUUUUCUUGUUGUUAGUAUAGUUUGCGUUUUGCAAUUGUUGAAAUCUUAAUCAAUUUGCUUUCUCCAUUACUGUUUUUGCGUUGGAAGGUUGGUUUCGUUAGAUGCACAUAAGGUGUUUGUUGAAAUGUUUAGCUUAGAAGUAACAAAAUAUGAUGGUUGCGUUUGUGUGAUGAAUCCGAUACGCUUCUACAACAGAUCUUAGAGCAUGCACAUUGGUGUUAUCAACCAAUU